AUGCAAUAUGAAUCUUCUUUGUUGAAGACGACGUCAUCACGGGUUAACUAUGAAGUCAAUGCAUGGAGAGUACUUGAUCUGCAUCCAGGGAACCCAGAAAUUGUCUUCUUACGACAUUGUAGUCAUGAGGAUGUGAAUAUAUUGACCUUCGAUUUGAGGAGCCAGGAGCUGAGAUUCUUCGAUGAGCCUCAAUGUAGUUGGAGCAUAUUCCAGCCAAAGAUCUUUUGUUGGCCUACUCCAAUUCCAAGGUAUGAGAAACUGCAAGGUCUGUAUGGUGGAAGCCACAACUGUUGGGUUCAACGGAGCAGCAAAGCUACAACAACGCCCUCCCCAGUUUCAUUGGUAAGUCACAGUUGUCAGAAUGAAGUCUGUUAGAUAGAGAAGCAAGUUUUCUCUUACUGCGACCACAUCCUCCCCCUAACUUGAUAGUGUUGGAUGUCCUGUUAACAUCGUAUUUACGUAGCGUGCACACACAGACAGAUACAUGUCUCUGCUCUGCUUCCUAAUAAUAACUUCUGAGCACUUUGUUGUGGUUGCAAACACUAUUGCGCCCGCUUGUAAUCUAAACUUCAGCUUCGUUGCU